GGGCCCUCCGACAGCACCAUCGCACGUCCAUCUCCACCUCAUCGAUUUGUCCAAACCCUGCCCAUUUCCCCGCCGUCCCGUCUUUUCGCAACCUCUUCUGUCACGCUCCUUCCCCUCUGCCAAAGAAAAAGAGAGAGCCAUCCAUGCCCACACUCGUUCGUUCAUUCAAUAAUUCUUUUUAGAAGAAUAGUAGCUAAAGAUAAUGACCUCGUCACCGCCACCAGGAGCAGCAGCCUCGGCGAGGAGGAUGUUAUUAAGGAAGAAAGAGGAAGAGAAGGGAGGGAAGAGAUGAAGGAGAGGCAGCGAUGGCAGCCGGAGGAGGACGCGCUGCUGCGGGCGUACGUGAGGCAGUACGGGGCCAAGGAGUGGGGGUUGGUUUCGGAGCGGAUGGGGCGGGCGCUCCACCGCGACCCCAAGUCGUGCCAGGAGCGGUGGAAGAACUACCUCCGCCCGGGUCUUAAGAAGGGCUCCCUCACCCCGGACGAGCAGGCCCUCCUCGUCUCCCUUCAGUCCCGCUACGGCAACAAGUGGAAGGCCAUCGCCGCCCACCUCCCCGGCCGCACCCCCAAGCGACUCGGCAAGUGGUGGGAGGUCUUCAAAGACAAGCAGCUCAAGGCCGCCGCCAAAGCCUCCUCUGAGCAACCCCUCCACCAUGGAACCACCUCCGCCUACGAGCACAUCCUCGAAACCUUCGCCGAGAAGCACGUCCUCCCGCCCCCUUCCCAUCUUCCUCCUCUCCCCUCCCUCGUCCUGCCUAAUCCUCUCCUCUUCGCCCCCGCCUCCUCCUCCUCCUGUUCCUCGUCGUCCCCGUCCUCGCCGUCGCCUCCCUCCCUCAGCCUCUCGCUCUCCCGGCCGGAGGGGUGGCUGCUGCUGCUGCCGGCGCUGGUGCAGCUGUGCUCGGAGGUGGAGGAGGGGCGGCGGUGCUGGGCGCAGCACCGGAAGGAGGCGGCGUGGCGGCUGAGCAGGCUGGAGCAGCAGAUGGAGACGGAGAAGGCAAGAAAGAUGCGGGAGAAGGUGGAGGAGGUGGAGGCCAAGAUCCGGCGCUUUCGGGAGGAGGAGGCCGCCUGGCUCGACAGGUUGGAGGAGGAGUGGAGGGAGCGGCUUUUCGCGGUCCGGAGGGAGGCCGAGGCCGAGGAGGCCGAAGUCGCGGAGGCGUGGACCGCUAGCCACGCCAAACUUGCCGGCUUGGUGGAGAAGAUGAUGCUUGGUGGUGCCGGCGGGCUUGCUCUCGGUUCGCCGGUGGCCAAGGAUUAUUUACGCUGAGGUUUUCGGUUUUCCCCCCUUUUUCCUUCCUUCUUUUGUUCCAUUCUUGUUUUGUCUUGUCCAUCUACUAUUUCCAAACAAAUAUAUAAAGUUAACCGUCUUGGGUUUGAUCUAAGACUUUAUUUGGCUCGCAA